AUGUCUUCGGAAAGUUGGCCACCACCUCUCAAAGAAUGGGUCGCGAAAUGCCUAGGCCAGAUGACGGAUACCAAUCGGGAAGAAGCUCAAGCUGAGCUUAGACAGGUAAUUGCUGAUGCUUUCGUGAACAAGACCUUGUGGACCACGGACUGGGGAGGUGUGCAAUUGCAAAGCCUUAUGCCAAAGCCCCCUCCCACUCUCAAUUCUCUCAAUUCUCUCAGCAGUCUCAAGCGUAAACUGAAUGAGACACACCUGUCGACUACAACCACCAAGAAAGUCAAGAAGACAUUCAACAACAAGCCACCAUCGUCGAGCUCGUUUGACACUAAUGAUGUCGCCGCACUGAACCGCAGAGCUGCUCGCUUCCAACGGGAACACGACCUCGAACGACAGAAGGGCCUCCAUGGUCAGACAGGUCAUGCACAUUCUCCAUACUCUCAUGUCUUUGGAAAUCGAUCCGCGACUCCUUCAUUUGACGGGGAUGCCCCAGAAAUGAACGUUAAUGUACCGAACUGGGACAAGCACACCAUCGUUGGCACCUCGAAAGAGAUCUUCAAGGACUAUCUGCGCUUGACUUCAGCGAGUGAGCCCAAACCGGAGCAGAUCCGCCCAUACCCCAUUCUUCAAGAGACUCUCGCCCAGCUGAAGAAGCGUUGGCGCGAGAAGGCCAACUACAAUUGGAUAUGCAGCCAAUUCAAGAGUCUCAGACAGGACCUCACUGUCCAAAGAGUCAAGAAUGAGUUUACCGUAACGGUCUACGAAAUACAUGCACGCAUGGCUCUAGAAGUGGGCGACAUGGUAGAAUAUAACCAGUGUCAGGCCAUGCUGCGUAAUCUGUAUGAACUCGGCAUCCCGGGGAAGGUGGAAGAGUUCACCGCAUAUCGCAUCCUGAUGCUCCUCCAUGGGCGCAAUAGAAGUGAUUUGAAUCUAUACGUAGGUCAGCUAACCGACAAACAGAAAGUCGACCCGGCAGUGCGGCAUGCUUUGGAUGUGCAGAGGGCUUUGGCGAUGGGGAACUAUCACAGGCUGUUCGAUCUAUACCUUAACGCACCCAACAUGGGUGCAUACAUUAUGGACCACUUCAUCGAUCGAGAGCGGACACGCGCCCUCAUAGUCAUGACGAAAGCGUAUCGAACACUACCCUUGUCAUUUAUCCAGAACGAGUUGGCAUUCGACGGUCUGGCACAGGCCUGCGACUUCCUCACGGAGCACAAAGCAGGUCUUUUCACAAAUCCGAAUGCCCCGGACGCGGAGAAGAUCCUGGAUUGCAAGCCGGCGGGCGCUCCUCUCGUACAGGUGCUCGAGGAGAAGUACCGAAAAGUACAGAUCAAGGGCGCGGUAUAA